GACUGAAACGUUCUUCUUUUUUGUUAUUUUAAGUGUCAAAUUAGCUGUACUAAAGUAGCCACAUUAGUUGUUCUCUUGAAUUCUGAAACGCUCUCUCUAUAUACUACUAAAACCUUAACCAUAUUCCUUUCUUCACCCCCUUUUACCCGUUGAGCAUUUGGGUAUUGGAUCCAAAGAUUUGAUUUUUGUGAAUUAUUUUGUACUCUGUCAAAUGGAUUGAGUAAUGAUCUUUUGUUACAUUCUUAAAGAUUGAAGCUUUAUAGAGUUGGUCAAGAAGUAGUUUUUUCUCAAUGGGGUCAUCUGGUUUUUUCCUAUUGUGUAUGCUUCAUUCUUUGGUGGCCUUAACUUGUGGAAUUUUGAUGAUGUUUUGUGGCAAUGAAGUAUAUGUAUUUAGUCAUGGGAGUGAAAGGGCCAGUAAAUUGCUAGGAUCAACAACUCAUGAUCAGUUGAUAAUUCGAACAUCAGAUUCAUUUUCGGGUCUACUUUUGUUUGCAGUUGGGUUUCUUUUGUUGAUGGUCGCAUUUGUAAAAGACACAGAAUUCCAUAGUUUUUUUGCUAAGGGUUGUGUUUUUCUUCACGUAGCUAUGGCUUUUUGGAGAAUUUACUUUGAGAGAAAGGUUGAGGAUCUUGGUGUUGAUUGGGUGAGGCUUGUUAUUGGGGACAUUGCUUUGGGAAUUUCUUGGGUUUUCUUUCUUGUCUACUCCUGGAAAGAAAAGUACGAUUAGUCUUGGAUUUAACCCCAUGUAUACACAAAAAUUUAACGAUUUUUUAGUGUUUUUUGAACUUUUUUAUAGCAGUAAUUUGUUAUAUUUUCUAGUUUUUAA